AUGUAUUUUACCUCAGUUAUACUACUCUCAUCAUUAUUAUUAGUAUUUUCAUUUUUACUUAAUUUUAUUCCAAUUUCCAGUCAUUUAAACGUCUGCCCAAAUAAUAAAACUGUUAUAUACAAUAAUAAUAAUGAAUUAAAUAAAUGUUAUGCAUUACAAUUGAAUUUAGCUAAACAACGUCAUAUUAUUAGAUUAAUUAAACGUGAUCAAUUUACAAUGAAUUUACAAUUAGCAUGUCAUUUAUGUUCAAAUGAUAAUCCAAUACAUUUUCAAUGGUAUCGUAUUCUACGUAAAAAAUAUAAUCAAACAAUAUUUCACUUAAAUAAUAAAACAUUCUAUGAUCAUAAAUGGAUACUGAAUAGAGAUUUACUUGAACCAGUUCUAACCAAUACAAUCAUAAAUGAUCCAUGUUUAAUAAAUGGAACAAAUGAAUUAGUUUAUAAAAAAUUCGAUCCAUAUCAUGAUUCUGGUACUUAUGUAUGUCAAUCAUUAAAUAAUAAUAAACAUCCUUUAAAUUUUAUAUGGUAUCAUAUAGAUUAUAUUAAUGCUUAUACAAAUACAUGGUCUAGAUUAAAUUUACCAUUUAUAGAACGAAUGAAUAAAUCUGUAACUACAUAUAAUCAAUUAAUACAAUUACAAAAAUAUAUUGAAGAAGAAAUGAAUCGGCCAGAAUAUUUUCAUGAUCAAACAUUCAGUUUACUACGUAUUACAUCAAAAUCAUUUCAUAAUUUAACACACUACAAAUAUUGUGGGAAUAUCCAUGUCCAACAAAAUCGUGUUUGUUAUGUACAGAUACCAAGAAAACUACCAAUCCAUAUUGAUAAUAGUAAUAAUAACAUAGAAGAAGUAAGAUUAAUUUAUUUUAUAUUAUUCAAUGGUUUCUAUGAAUUUGGACAAUUUUAUGAUGAUGAUGAUGAUAAUACUAAUCAAUUAAAUUUUCGGCGGUUAUUUAAAAAAUCUUCAGAAAAUUUAGCAACUCAAUUAGGUUUUCAAUUAUUUUUAAAUAAAACUUAUUUAUACAUACCAUGCCAAUAUAAUUUUUUUAAACAAUUACCUAAUUUAAACGAAACAUUUCAACCAUUAAACAUAUUAAAUCUUUAUAUAACUAUUACAUAUCAUUUACAUUGUGUUCAUCAAUUAGAUACAAUAGAAAUGAUGAAUUUACCUUUAAAAUAUGAUGUAACUAAGAUGAAAUUAAAUAUUCAUGAUUAUCAUCAUGUAAAUUAUAUGAAAUUAGAAAAAUUAGCUAUGGAAUAUGAACCAUUCAUAACAUUAGAUUGUUAUCUUACUAAAGAAUAUAUAUGUAACCAUACUACUGCCACUAAUAAUAAUAAUAAUCUCAUUAAAUGGAGUACAACUAAUUUAACAUUUUAUUCACCUACUAUAUUCAAUGAAAGAAUUUAUAUAAAUGAAAAAUGUCAAUUAAUUAUUCAUAAUGUCAAAUUAAUUGAUUCUAAUAUUUAUAAUUGUUACAUAAAAAAUCAAUAUCAAUCAAAUAAUCCAUGGCAACUAAAACUAUCAUAUAGAUUAAAAAUUGAAAAAUCUUAUUAUCAAUGGCCUAGUAAAAAUAAUUUAUUAAUUGGUUUAUUAUUUCUUGUUAUAUAUAGUAUGUUUAUUAUAAUAAUAUGGUUUGUUUUAAUGAUUUAUAAUGUAUAUAUAUUUAAACAAUUAGCGGCGAGACUAUAACUUAUGGACGGACCAACCAGGUAUAAGAUAACAGGUCUUGAAUUUUUGACGCGAAAUUCACUCAACCAUUUGACUUAAUAGUGUGUUAGCAUUUUAGCUAAUGUCAGUUCAUGAUGAAAUCCCUUAAUCUAGUUCCUAACCCUAACCAUCAAAUGUAAAUCAUAA